UCACUACUCGACAGAAUGAGAACCUGGAAGAGAUAAAGAGAUCCUCUGCCCGUCAGAGCUCAAAGCCAGAAAGCCUUCUUGAACACGUUUCCUCGGAUCGGAAGCUGCGACAUGGAGUUGGGGUAUUGGUUGGCGUUCGCGGCGACAGCGGCGACGUUGGCGGCGGCGGGUUGGGUCGGAUGGUCGGCGGCGGAGUGGUUAUGGUUCCAGCCGCGGCGAUUGGAACGCAAGCUGAUGGCGCAGGGGAUUCGAGGAAGUAGGUAUCGCUUACCCUACGGUGAUCUCAAGGAGAUUGGGAAUCUCGUUGGUGAGGCUCGCCGGAAACCUCUGCCGCUUUCGCACAACAUAGUCGACCGUGUCGUUCCCCAUUUAACCCGCGCUGUGGAUCUCUAUGGAGGUAAGAAUAAGGCGACAUUCUUUUGGUUUGGGCCUUGCCCUAGGGUGAUCAUCAUGGAUCCUGAGCUUGUAAAGGACAUUCUUUCUAGUAAAUUUGGUCACUUUGAGAAGCUAAGAUCAACGCCAAUUGGAAGACUACUAACUCUGGGGGUCGCAACUUAUGAAGGUGAGAAAUGGGCCAAGCAUAGGAGAAUCAUUAACCCAGCCUUUCAUAUUGAGAAGUUGAAGAUGAUGAUGCCAUUAUUUUCUGCUUGUUGUGAUGAGCUAAUAAGUCGAUGGGAGGAGUUGGUUGAUAGUUCAGGUGUGUUUGAAAUAGAUGUUUGGUCCGAAUUCCAAAAUUUUUCUGCAGAUGUCAUCUCCCAAACAGCAUUUGGUAGUAGCUAUAAAGAGGGUCGACGAAUUUUUGAACUACAGAAAGAGCAAACUGAACUUGUGGUCCAGGCUGCUCGGAAUUUGUAUAUUCCUGGUUUUAGAUUUAUACCCACCCAAAAGAACAGGCGAAGAAAUGAAAUCUACAAGGAGGUUGCUGCAUUACUGAAAAGUAUGAUUGAACAGAGAGAGCAUGCAAUAAAAAAUGGUGAAGCUAAGGCUGAUGACUUGUUGGGCUUGUUGAUGGAAUCAAACAAAAGACAUGCUCAAGAAGGAGAUCACCUGCAAGAUGCUAGUUUGACUACAGAAGAUGUGAUUGAGGAGUGCAAGCUAUUUUACUUUGCUGGCCAAGAGACGACAUCAGUUCUUCUUACAUGGACCAUGAUCGUGCUCAGCAUGCAUCCAAACUGGCAGGAUCUAGCAAGAAACGAGGUUUUGCAGGUGUUUGGCCAAAGCAAACCGACUUUUGAGGGGUUAAGCCGGCUGAAGAUUGUGACUAUGAUUUUUUAUGAGGUUCUAAGAUUAUAUCCACCGGGAGUUAUACUCCUUCGACAUACUUACAAACAAAUGAAGCUGGGAGAGUUUACUUUCCCACCUGGAGUGCAACUUCUGUUGCCUAUCAUCCUUCUCCAUCAUAGUCGAGAGUUUUGGGGUGAAGAUGCUGAAGAAUUCAACCCUGAGAGAUUUUCUGAAGGAAUCUCAAAGGCAACCAAGAACCAACUCAUCUUUUUCCCAUUUGGUUGGGGUCCUCGAAUCUGCAUCGGCCAGAGCUUUGCACUGACAGAAGCUAAAAUGGCCUUGGCAAGAAUUCUGCAACGCUUUUCAGUUGAGUUGUCCCCAUCCUAUACCCAUGCUCCCUAUACCAUUUUAACCCUUCAGCCUCAACAUGGUGCUCAAGUCAUUUUACACAAGCUUCAUCCACUGUAAUUAGCAUGGUGCUCAAGGCCUUCCAUAAACUCUCAGUACUUAUUGUAAAAUUUUAUGUCAUUAUUGCAUUAUGACUUUUUAUCUUCUGUUCUCUUCAUGCUGCUUCCUCAGCAUAUGCUAUCAUCUUCUGAAUUCCCUUAUAAAACAAUAGAAAAAUAUAUUUACAA